AGUCCACUGUGGGUAGAUUGAGAAGAGAACGAAACAAACCGUGCUUUGUGAGUGAAUGUCAUUUUUCGGGUGGAGUCGAUCUGCUAUCAGUGAUUUUUGGCAGAUGACUGUAAGUCGCUAAAAAAACUGCGAAAAUUGUGCUUAUCCCGUACACCUUAUAGUUAAGGCGAAGAUAAUGGGGCCAGAGCUCCCGUCUCACCUAAGAUCUCGGGAUGAAGUCAGCAGCUGCAGAGAAGGCGCGGACAAAAAUACAGACACGUCGACCUCAAUUCUGGGGCCUGCCCUGCCGCCGGACUUCCGAUUCGCUUCAAAGGAACCGCGCUCGGAGGACUUCGACACGCGGCCAGUGAACAGUGAUACCCAAGAUAGUCAGAAUGGUCAGAAAAGAAUUAAGCAGUCAUUGCCAGAGAUUAUCGGACCAAUUCUUCCACCCCAUUUGCGGCAUCUUGAACCGGGUCCAAGUACGCAGAGAAGUGGCUCAGACGACAGUGGCUCAUCGUCCGCUUUAGAAUCAGAUUCUGAUGGCGAGGUGAUCGGACCUUGUGUGGAUCUGCAAGGCGGAGAUUAUGAUGUGAGAAAAGAGUUUGAAGAGCGACAACGAAGGGCUGAAAAAAACGAGACCUACGAGCCUGCUCGAGAAUCCUGGAUGACAGAACUACCCAGAGAUCGGACUGGGGUUCGCGUGUCAGGAACGGAGGCAAGAACGUUCCUGAAACGUGGAGGCGAGGAUUUUGCCCUGGACGACAGUUGGACAGAUGUCGUUGGCCAGAAAAAGCGGCCUCAAGCGGCUGACAACAGCCGAAUAGAAAAGGAGCAACUAGCUAUGGCUCAGAGAAAACGUGAUGCCGAGAUCGAUGCGUCACUGAUCGACUAUAACGCCGCAAAGCGGAGUAAAGCCCUGAUUGAUUUACAUCAGGAGAACAAAACUGCAAGGAGAAACACAGCUGAUAAAAAGAAGGACCGAAAAAAGGACAAGAAGAAACGCGAAAAAGAUAAAAAGAAAAAGAAAGACAAAAAAAGCAGAAGCAAAAAGAAAAAAAAGGAUGAUAACCGCCAAGAGUCGAUGCCAGAACGAAGGCCAUUCUGUUGGGAGGAAGAUAUGCGCGUCUCAAUGGUUGACACGUCCCGCGCUAAAUCGAUGCUCGACCGUACUCUUCUACAGUCCAGAUUUGCCUCAGGAAAGACUCAAAAAUACCUUUAA